CUCAAAUCUGUCUAAGAGGCAACCAAGUAAGUAAUCCAAAGCUUCUUGUAAUUUUUUCAAAUUAUCCCUGGUGGUACAGGAAAAAAUUUCAGUCCAAUCAAACCCAAGUGACACUACUGCUGAAAAUCAAAUGGGGAGUUUAGGAGCAACUGAAGAAGGAAAUGGAGCAAAGGGUGUGGCCACAAUCCUAGCAAUUGGUACUGCAAAUCCACCCAAUAUCAUUCGCCAAGAUGAUUACCCUGACUUUUAUUUCAGGGCCACCAAAAGCAAUCACAUGCUCCACCUUAAGCAAAAGUUCCAGCGUAAAAACUCAAUGAUUGAGAAACGACAUUUCCUAUACAAUGAAGAUUUACUCAUGGAGAAUCCAAACAUUGUUACUUAUGGAGCUUCCUCAUUGAAUACUCGACAAAACAUACUCAUCAAAGAGGUCCCAAAACUUGGCAAGGAAGCAGCAAUGAAGGCCAUAAACGAAUGGGGUCAACCAUUGUCAGAAAUCACACACCUCAUUUUUUACACAACUUCAUGCUUUGGAAACAUGCCCGGUCCGGAUUACCACCUUGCCAAGCUUCUUGGCCUCAAACCAACGGUUAACAGGCACAUGAUCUUCAAUAACGGUUGCCACGCCGGCGGCGCGGUCCUUCGUGUCGCGAAGGACAUCGUUGAGAACAAUGCUGGGUCACGUGUGCUUGUAGUGUGGGUAGAAACCAUGGUAGUUUCAUUUCAUGGCCCUAACCCUAAUCACAUGGAUGUUCUUGUAGGACAAGCCCUAUUUGGAGAUGGUGCAGCUGCCCUUAUUAUUGGGACAAACCCUAAACCUUGUAUUGAAUGCCCAUUAUUUGAACUUGUCUUGGCCUCACAAACAACUAUACCUAACACUGAGAGUUCAAUCAAUGGAAAUAUACAAGAAAUGGGGUUGGUUUAUUAUUUAGGAAAAGAGAUUCCCAUUGCUAUAUCCGAAAACAUUGACAAGUGUUUGAUAAAUGCAUUUAGAGAGAGUAUUGUUGAUUGGAAUUCCUUGUUCUAUGCUAUUCAUCCGGGUGGACCAUCUAUUCUGAAUAGGAUUGAAGAGAAGCUUGGAUUGAAGAAAGAGAAAUUAAGAGCAAGUAGGAAAGUGUUAAGCCAAUAUGGGAAUAUGUGGAGCCUUAGUGUGAUUUUUGUGUUGGAUGAGUUGAGGAACUGGUCUAAGAUUGAAGGAAAGAGCACAUGUGGUGAGGGAAAAGAAUGGGGUGUCUUGGUAGGGUUUGGUCCAGGUUUAUCUUUGGAGCUUGUUAUUCUACGAAGUUUUUGUUUUGAUGGCUAG